AAAAUCCUCUUUCCGCACCAGAUUCUGUUUCGUCAUAAAAACAGGACACCAUUUUCCACACAACAAUAUGUGCACUUGACCUGUUCUAACUGUAAGAUAUGUCUGGGUUAAACCUUUCAAUCAUCCAUCUACUGCUCCUCUUCUCUCUGUCUGGUGUAGUGAGCUAUUUCGGACACAUCCAGAUGAAGUGUCAGUUCAACUCCAAGGAUCUUCGUGAUACUGAGCUCGUGCUGAACCUGAACAUCAACAAGGGGUUGGUGGCAGAAUACAACAGCUCAACAAAUAGAUUUACAGCCAACACCGAGUGGGUGAAGAAGUUGGUAGAUAGCGUCAAUGAUGAACCUGAUUCUAGACACAAAAUACAAUUUUAUUUUGACCAAUAUUGCAGAAGAAACAUCCCUCUGAUGUACGAGUACAUAAUGAAUAAGACAUUGAAGCCCCAGGUCAGGCUGAGUUUGGCAGAGCCGUCUGGUACCAGACACUCAGCCAUGCUUGUGUGCAGCGCCUACAGGUUUUACCCCAAAGAUAUUAUAGUGACAUGGCUGAAAAACGGACAGAAAGUUACCUCGGAUGUGAGCUCCACAGAGCAGCUGGCUGACAGUGACUGGAGCUACCAGAUCCACUCAUACCUGGAGUACACACCCACAGCUGGAGAGAUAAUCACCUGUAUGGUGGAGCAUUACAGCCUCACUGAGCCUCAGCUACAUGACUGGGACUCCUCGAUUCCUUGGUCUGAGAGGAAUAACAUUGUGAUCGGAGCCUCUGUACUGCUGCUGGGGGCGGUCUCUGUAGCAAUGGGAUUGAUCUACUACAGGAAGAAAUCUACUGCCAACAGAACGGGUCCCAUUUGAGGGAGCCACGUUAUGUCUAUGAGGGGACACUUUCAGGAGAAGGAUCAAAAAUAAGGACAUCAACUCUAAGAACAAAUCUUUCUGAUAUGUCUAUUGUUACAGUAUUGUGACAGUAUUAAUCAUUGCUAGUGUACUAUAUCAGUCUAACAAAAUCAACAUGAUUUUACAAUCAUAUGUUGACGCCAUAUUCAUCUUUGAAACUGUAUCUUUGUAUAGGCUAUUAGUUGACGGCUGUAACUUACGCUCAAAUAGGGACUUCUGUAGUUCUUCAGCUCAAGGGACAUCUUGCUAUGUUACAAGACUUUAAACAAACAGACCUUCCUACGACUGUAGCUCAUGCUCAAGCAAUUAUAACUUUUACAAUGUAUGUCUAACAUGUAUGUCUAUGGGAAACAUUCCUCUGAUAGGCAUCAGACAGCCAUCCAUCAUGAUGCACAAUAGUCAUUUUAACACCAAAAUAAUGUUGGUGACCCUCUUCUCAAUUUUUUCCUCUCUCUCAUUGUCUGACUGUCUCUAAACUGUGUUAAUUCUAAUAGGUAAUCAGUUUAGUUUUUGUUAUGGUUGGGGCACAAAUGUACAAUAUAAUCAUUUGAUGAUGUCAAUUGAAAACAAAAGAUUGGUUAAUAGAAGUGUUCCUCCUGAAUUCAUAUUCCGAACAUGAAUGCAAAAACAACUGGAAAGAUAAAAAGGAAAUAAAAAGGAAAUAUACCCAUUAUUGCUUUCAAUCAUCCUUUGCUUACCAUCAGUGAAGACCAAGAAACAUACUUCAGCUGAUUGGGUUGCGUUCCAGGUCAUCUAUUUUGCAGUCCCAGUUUGCAUCUCAUAAGAUGGCUACAUCUUCAUGUGAUUCCUGAUUUGUUCUACAGUCCAGGCUAUGUGAAAAUAAACGAUGCACCAUCUGUAAUUAAACUAUGCAUGCAUGACAUAAUCAGCAGGUCCUUUUGACAAAUCACGAUUUUGCAGGUGUUAGCAUUCAUUUACAUUUUGGAAGAGGAAGGAUCAUUUGGCCCAUAAUCUUGAUACAAGGUCGAGCUCUAUGCUACCUUUCGAUCUCAUCCCUUAACAAACAUUAGAAUAAAUAAAAUAUUUACAACUAAUCACCUUUUUGUUCA